AUGCGCGAUGAGUGCAAACAACUACGCCGCGAUCUCAACCGCCAGAGCAUGGCCCGGGAGGGGGCCGAGAUGGAGCUUAGAGAGCAGAACGAGAGGCUGGCCUACUUGCGCCAGACAGCAAAUACGGAGCUUAGAAAGAGGAACAGUGAACUAGCGGAUUCGCGCAGGGCAGUGGAGGCCGGGCUGAUAGAGAACAAUGAGCUGAAGCGCUUGCGCGAGGAGGUAGAGAUUGAGCUCGGAAAGAAGAGUAACGAGUGCGAGAGCAUCCGCAAGCGCUGGAAGCAGACUGCACGGAAACUUGGAAUGGCAAAGGGGCAGAGUCCGGCUUUCUACCAGAUCACAGACCGGGAGCUCACUCAGCUAGCCGAGCAGCUGAAGUACGACAUCAGCAACUUCUCGAUAUCAUACUCCGAAACUACGAGCCGGGAAGUCGACUCCCGCAGUGACUUCUACAGAGCCUACUUAGCUGACAUUGUACCCAACAAGGAAAUCCUUAAGUCUUACCUCUCAUCCGAGACGGAAUGUCCAGGCUUGAUCCAGGCCUUCAUGUGGCACGUUAUAAUCGAGCAGGUGUUCAAUUGCGCUUUAUGGGCAGGCGAGGGCAGGAAAUACAUACUGGGUCUACAGAAAAUCCUCCGGCCAGACGAAGCCCAGGAAGGCCAGCCAGGACACCAGGUCGAGCGGAAAUUUUAUCAGUGGAGAGCUACGACGGCGGCCCUGAUCCUAGAAGCGCUGAACCAAACGACUGAGACCACAACCCACCCUCACAGACCUUCCCAGACCAGGAUGUACAAAGAAUAUAUUUUGGACCAAAUAUGCGACACGAUCCUACCCCAAACACGAGACGGGCAGUCUCAAAUGAAAAGCUACAGAGAGGACAUCCUUGAGAUCCUUGACGAGGCGGUUGCCCUUGACCGCGAUAUCAGUAGGCAGGCAGCGCGCGUGGAUUGGUUCACACAGUCAUCGAAGUUAGCGGUAUUUGGCCAAGAGAGCAUACAGCUCCGGAAAGGAGAGGUGGUAUCGGAGACGCAACGGAAUAUAACUUUGAUUAUUGCGCCUGCAAUGGUAAAGACAGGCCGGUCGACGGGAGAGGAUUUUGAUGUCAAGAAUUUGCUCGUGCCUAUGGAGGUAUCGUGCACGCCAAUUAUGCCCACGCCCACUACAAGGUCGCCGUUAUCACGGUUAUCGGAGGGCUGUCAGAGGACCUGGGACUUCCUCAAGGGGACCUGGGACUUCCUCAAGGGAACCUCGUACUCACUCAAGGGGAUCUCGUACCCAUCCAAGGGGGAGGAUGCCUCAUAA